AUGACAACAACACCUCAACCGAUCCACGCAUCUCCCUCUACCUCCAUUUCGGAAAGGCCACUAUCAGCUCCUCCCCUUCCCCGAGCGAGGGAUAUCCCAACGGAUUUCAAAUCUUCCUUAUCGGCUUGGUGGUCCACCUCUUCAUACAAGGAAGCUCGUCUAGCUGAAGAAAGGUUACUUAGGCGUAUGGCCGCUUUCGAACCUUCAUCUGCACCCGCUCAACAAAUAUCGAAAGGAUGGUUUGGAUCUAGCUCUUCGAAUAAACAAACCAUAAACAACGAUUUACCAGAGACUGAAAUUGGACAAAUCAAAGAACCUUUACCCAUAUCUUCCACUGGCUUAGUAGCGACUCUCCGAAAUGUGUUCAUACCUACUCCAAAUCCUACUUUGGCACCUCAACAUCCCGCUGACCCAAGAGACAUCACACCGGGAAGUGCAACGUCUUCUUCAACGGAUUUAUCCGGUGCAAGUGCAAGUACGAAAGAGAAGAAGAAGCAUCACCACAAAUGUAAGAAGGGAGAAGAAGGGAAGAUGGUUGAUUUCAUAAAUACUCUGGAAAUCACAAAACCUCAAGAUAAAGAUAGUAAAGAGGCGGUAGUGGUUUUACACGGUUAUGCAGCUGCUUUAGGCUUCUUCUUCCGUAAUUGGGAAUCCAUCUCUCUCUCCUCAUCAUCAACAGGUCGACGCACAUUCUUCCUAGAUUGGCUAGGUAUGGGCCUCUCUUCCAGACCUUCCCCCUCAUUACUGAACUCACCAUCCAACACACCAAUUCCAUCACGUGUAUCAAGGGCAGAGCAUUUCUUCGUCUCUUCUCUCGAAUCAUGGCGGGAAUCAGUAGGAGUAGAAAAGAUGAUUUUGGUCGGUCAUUCCCUAGGUGGUUAUCUCGCAUCAGCAUAUUCAGUUAGAUAUCCAGAGAGAGUAAAGGGUUUGAUCCUUUUGUCACCGGCUGGUAUACCCCAUGGACCUGAAUAUGUCAAAUAUCCCCUAACCUCCGAACUUACCUCGAGAGAUAAUGUACAAACGCAGACGAGAAGUCCACCUGAAACUCCUCAGGAACUGGACGACGCGACUGAUGCGGCUGAGGCGGAGUUGAACAGUGGUCCACAGGGAGAAGCCAAGGAAUGGGCGAAAAGGAGAGAAGAAAGUUUCGUGAGGAGGAAUAUGAUGAAAUUCUUCACAUGGGGAUGGGAACGCGGUAUGUCCCCAUUCAGUAUUCUACGAAGUGUUGGUCCCUUCGGCCCAUUAUGGGUCGGUAAAUAUUCGAGUCGACGAUUUGCCGCUCAGUCAGAAGAAGACGUGAGGGAUCUUCAUUCUUAUAUAUAUGGUACGAGUAUCAUGAAAGGUAGCGGAGAAUAUUGUAUCUCUCAUAUCCUUGCUCCCGGUGCUUAUGCGAGAAUACCUAUCGUCGAUCGAAUAAAUAGAUUGAAAGUACCUGUCACAUUCAUGUACGGUGAUAACGAUUGGAUGGACGUCAAAGGUGGUGAAGAUUCAGUGAAAUUACUGGAAGAAGCGGGCAACAAUCUAUCAUCAUGUCAUGUUAUUCCUAAAGCAGGACAUCAUUUGUAUUUGGAUAAUCCUGAUUAUACCAAUAAAUUGAUCGAUAAAACUAUUAAAGCGAUUCCCAAGGAACUGUCAUAG